UAGUGUUUGCUUACAGUUAGUUAGCGUUAGCCGUUAGUAAAAUCGACCCCUUAAAAAUGGGAUUUUCAGUUGCGUGUGUCGUAGUUCUUCUCGUCCUUCCUGUGAGAAUCUAUUGUGUAGAUCUGAGCUUCAAUGUUCCAGAAGAAAUGAAACGCCAGAAUGUGAUCGGAAAUGUAGCCAAGGACCUGAGGAUUGAUGUUAAACAAUUAUCUGCUCGAAAGGCUCGCAUAGAAACAGAGGAUAACGACAAACGGUAUUGUGACAUUAAUCUAAAAAAUGGAGACUUAAUCGUCGCAGAGACAAUAGACCGGGAGCGGCUUUGUGGUUCUCGACUUUCCUGUAUUCUCAGUUAUGACCUUGUCCUAGAAAAUCCUCUUGAGGUGCAUCGCAUAUUUCUACAUAUUCAGGAUAUAAAUGACAACGCACCACGGUUUCCAAAUGAACGCAUUACCUUUGAAAUAACAGAAUCAGCAGUUAAAGGCCAGCGAUUCCGGUUACAUGAGGCACAUGAUUCAGACAUUGGACAUAACGCAGUGAAGAGCUACUCACUACAGAAAAAUGAACAUUUUGUUUUAAAUGUACAUAAUACUGCAGAUGGAGGAAAAUACGCCGAACUCGUACUGGAAAAGGAACUGGAUCGUGAACAACAGAAGGAGAUAGAAAUGAUACUCACAGCAACUGAUGGUGGUACACCACAGAGAUCUGGUACUGCUGUCAUACACAUUACUGUUCUAGAUGCUAAUGAUAAUGUACCAGUAUUCAGUCAGUCUGUUUAUAAGGUUACUCUGCCUGAAAAUACACCGUCAGGUACAUCAGUAAUCACAGUGAGUGCCACAGAUGCUGAUGAAGGUCCAAACGGUGAAGUAUCAUAUGAAUUCAGCAGAAUAUCAGAUACGGCUGUACAAUUAUUUUCCAUUGACAAGACAACAGGACAGAUUGUGGUGAUCGGAGAAAUUGAUUUUGAAAAUGAAAAAGAAUAUGAGAUAGGAAUUCACGCUCAGGAUGCCUCUGGAUUAUCAUCAACUGCUAAAGUGAUCAUAGAUAUAAGUGAUGUGAAUGACAACCCACCCAGAAUCAUUAUGAAAUCUUUGAAUAACCCGAUACCUGAGAAUUCAUUGCCAGGUACUGAGGUGGGUAUCAUUAAUGUUCAAGACAAAGAUUUAGGAGAAAAUCGUCAGAUUCGUUGUUCUGUUCAGCAAAAUGUUCCUUUCAAACUAAACCCAUCUGUUAAAAACUAUUUCUCUCUAGUAACUACAAACACUCUCGAUCGAGAGAAACAAUCAGAUUACAAUAUAACUGUCACAGCAACUGAUGGAGGAUCACCACCAUUAUCCACCUCCAUGACAAUUCAUUUAUCUAUCUCAGAUGUGAAUGACAAUCCUCCUGUAUUUGAGCAGCAGUCCUACAGUACUUAUGUGACUGAAAACAACAAACCAGGCACAUCUGUUUGUUCAGUCAGUGCAAAUGAUCCAGACUGGAGGCAGAACGGCACUGUACUUUACUCUCUGAUAUCCAGUGAGGUCAAUGGUGUUCCAGUGUCGUCAUUUUUAUCUAUGAAUGGAGAUACAGGGGUGAUCCAUGCUGUAAGAUCAUUUGACUAUGAGCAGUUCAGAAACUUUACAGUUCAAGUUGUUGCCAGAGAUAAUGGCUCUCCACCUCUCAGCAGUAAUGUGACUGUGAAAGUCUUCAUAACAGAUGAGAAUGAUAACUCUCCACAGAUAUUAUAUCCUGUUCCAGAUGGAAAAUCUCUGAUGACUGAGAUGAUCCCUAAAGCGACUCUCUCAGGCUCUCUGGUCUCAAAGGUGAUCGCUGUGGAUGCUGACUCUGGACAGAACGCAUGGCUCUCCUAUCAGAUUGUGAAGUCUACUGAUCCGGGACUUUUCAGCAUUGGUCUCCAUAGUGGAGAGAUCAGAACACAACGAGACAUUUCUGAAUCUGACACUAUGAAGCAAAACCUCAUAAUUUCAGUGAAGGAUAACGGACAACCAUCUCUCUCUACAACCUGUGCUGUAAAUUUACUAAUUUCUGACAACCCUUCUGAAGUUCCAGAACUUAAAGAUAUGACUUAUGAGGAGAGCAACUCCAAAUUAACGUCAUACUUGAUCAUUGCAUUAGUGUCUGUGUCCACCUUCUUCCUGACGUUCAUUACAUUGAUUUUGGUCCUGAAGGUUUGUCGCAGGAGAAAGCCCAGACUGUUGUUUGAUGGAGCAGUCGCUGUCCCCAGCGCCUAUCUGCCUCCUAACUAUGCAGAUGUGGAUGGAGCAGGAACUCUCCGCAGUGCUUACAAUUACGACACAUAUUUAACAACAGGAUCGCGCACGAGUGACUUUAAGUUUGUUACAUCAUAUAAUGACAACACACUUCCUGCUGGUGGUACUCUGCAACAGGAACAAAACAGACACUUUGACCCGAGCAUGAUAACACUAGACGUAACAGAAGAUGACGAUGAGGUAAGACAUUUUUCGAUCAUGUGGACUCAUUUUAAAUAG